GCUGCAGCCAUAGCAGCCAGAGCGCAGUGUAAACAAAGCGGACAGCGAGCAUCUCGCCGGACUACUAGCUAGCUAUCGCCACCUAAACUCGUGAAGCAGUGAAAAGUUUUCGGCGCACGUUUGGAUUCGUGUACCUAGUUAUGGUUUAAAAAAAAAUUAAUACUGGCACGAGGUUAAAGUUUAGCUUGCUGAAGUGUGUGUUUUACAAUCAGAACAUGUUUAACUUGGCUAACUAGCUAGCUAACCUAGCUGGUUGGCUACUUUAAAAAAAAUCAACCUAGCUAGCUACUUGGUUGGUCAAUUUGUAGCUAGGUUAGCUAGCAAGUUAGCCAAUGUCGCAAAAUACGUUUUGGUUUUUUUUGGGGGGGGGGGGGGGGGGGAGUCGGUACGAAAGUGAUGCGUCUUGCGAAUUAAGAUUGAGCGUAUGCCGUUAAAUGUCUUGACGGUUUUUUUGAGGGGCUUUAGACAGUUGAUAUCACAUUAGCUGUUUCUACCAAUGAAGUGGGAUUUAGCUUUCUAGCUGACAACACUAACCGCUAACUAGCUUAGCUAGCUAACCUAGCACACCUAACUGCAUUUAUUCGGGUUCAUUUUGUCUGGUUAGCCGGUGGGUCGUUUUUAACUUGAUGUAACGCUAGGCUUGUUGCAAGAUACGUUUAAACUGGCUGUUAACCUACGUUAGCUAUAAUAUCACAGAUACGUUAUCUAGCCUGGCAUAAUUGACCAGUCUUGCAAUCUAACGGUAUGCAAUGUCAUCACAGUGUUGUUCAGUUCCAGUAACCUAGCUAGGGUUAGCCAGUUAACCUAGGUAUUUGCAAAUGCAACUUUUUAAGAUAACUGGGAACUUGUUGGCAAUUGAAAGAGUCUCACAAAGUUGCAUUUCACGUCAUGGUCAUAAGUUGAAUAAGGAGAAGUCCAUGUAAGUCCAUGUGUUUGGAUUACAAUGUUCAGUCUGAUGGCGAACUGCUGCAACUGGUUGAAAAGGUGGCGCGAACCUGCAAAGAAGGUGACGCUGGUGAUGGUGGGCCUGGACAACGCUGGUAAAACUGCAGCCGUGCGGGGCAUUCAGGGAGAAAGCCCACUCGACGUGGCCCCCACCGUUGGCUUCUCCAAGGUGGACCUGAAGCAAGGCAAGUUUGAGGUGACCAUCUUUGAUCUGGGCGGAGGGAAACGCAUUCGGGGCAUCUGGAAGAACUACUACUCAGAAUCGCAUGGCGUGGUGUUCGUGGUGGACUCCAGCGAUGUCCAGCGGAUCCACGAGACCAGGGACACCAUGGCUGAAGUGCUCCGUCACCCUCGCAUCGCCGGCAAGCCCGUGCUAGUACUCGCCAAUAAGCAGGACCGGUGCGGCGCAUUGGCUGAAGCCGACAUCAUUGAGAGCCUGUCACUGGAGAAGCUGGUCAAUGAGAACAAAUGUCUCUGUCAGAUUGAGCCAUGCUCGGCAGUGUUGGGCUAUGGCAAGAAGGUCGACAAGUCCAUCAAGAGCGGCCUGAACUGGCUCCUGAGCAGCAUCGCCAAGGAUUACGAGGCGAUCACCGAGCGUGUACAGAGGGACACAGCCGAGCAGCGGGCCCUGGAGGAGCAGGACAAACAAGAGAGAGCUGAGCGAGUGAAGAGAAUCCGCGAGGAGAGGGAUAGGCAAGAGCGUGAGGAGGCGGAGCGAGAAGAGACACAAGCGGAGGAGGAGGAGGAGGAGGAGCAUGCCAACAUGCCCAGCCCAUUCCAGCCAAUAAGCAAUAUUGCCCAUGAGGAGGAGGACAAAAAGGAGAAGGAAAAGAAAGAGCAGAGGGAGGAGGGCCAGCAGGGCGGGGCUCUGGAUCACAGGAGCAAACAGGAAGUUGAUGGUGAUGAUGAUGAAGAGAGUGAAAGGCACACACCAGAGAGCACCGACUCAGGUCCAGCAGACCAGGCCAAAAAGAAGACCAAGAAACUACAGCUGAGGCGGAAAAACAGGGUUGACCCACUCAGGCUGGAGGACUCCACCAAAAGCCCCACUCCACCUCCUCCUCCAGUUGGCUGGGCAACUCCCAAAGUUUCUAGGCUGCCCAAGCUUGAGCCUCUUGGAGACGCAAGGCGCUCUGAUUUCUAUCGCAAGCCCCUCCCACCUGUAGCAAUUAGACAGAGGCCAAACAGCGAAACUCAUGAUGUCAUUUCUUAACCCCACCUCUUUUUCUCCCUCUUUGGUUUACAAUUCCUCAUCCCCGCCAAUCAUGGUCUUUUGUUUUUAUUUCUCUUAUUUCCAAGCCCGGGCUGUAUAAAAAGCUACACAGGUGCAAUCACCUAUGAGAGAGCAACUGGUACCCGAUCGACAUACCCAAGUGGAUUACAUGCUCAUUGACCAGCCAGUGAGGAAUGGCCUACAGUGGUCAUGCAAGGGACAUACUUCAAUAAACACUCAGCUGUGUCUGAAUUCAUGAAAGAUAGACCUGCGUUGGACAAAUUGGUUUUCCACAAGAGGAUGAAGCAUAAUUUCCGUGUAUACUUUUCCCACAAUUGGCUUUAGGCUUUGAAUCACACAGAUUCACAACUGUGAAAUCUAUGAGCUUUUUGAAAUCAAGCAUCUAUGGACUUUUUCAGAAUCUGCAAGAAAUGAUACAUAUAUUGUAUAAAAACACUAGCAGCUGUCCUGAAUGGACACCAUUCAGUAUAACUGACAUGGUACAGAAAAGUCUUCCUUCUUCAUGUGUGUUUGUGCUCAGGCAGAUGCUGUUAAAUGGUCCUGAAGAUGUAAUGUCCUAUUAAUAGAAUGAUGAUGAAAUGUACUGCUAUUUCACUUAUCAUUUCCACUCUGUUCCACCUUUUAUUUUAUAUAUCUGCAAAUAUAUAUGUAAUCAGAAUAUUUCAGAUAGAAAACUGACUUUUACUUUUGUCUUCAGAUUUCACCUGCAGCUGGCACUACAUUUAAGUUUUAUGAUCAUAGGGUAGAUACAGCAGAAGUGGUUUUGUUUCAUGAGUUAAAAAUUUUCAUUUAAAAAGAAGAGAGUUUUGGGGGUCUUUGGGGGAGGUGCAGGAACAUGUAUGUACUGUAACCGUAUGUUUUGACUUUGGAAGAGGCAGUGUUGAGUUUUUAUUUCAAAGUAGCAAUUCAGAAUGUUACCGUACAUACAAAUGUUGAAAUAUAUUUUUGGUGAAACAUUCACAAAGGCUGAAAUUAUUUAUUGAGCCACCUGUUUAUUUUUUGGAAGAUAUAAUGCAUAAACUGUUCUAGUAUCUAAACUAUACAGGCUACACAGCUCUGAAAGUGUAUUUGGACAUAUCUUGAUCAGAUGAAUUCCACUUUCAAAUAUAUAUGUCUUGACAUGUUUUAUUCUAUCAGAGAAGUACUGUAAAGGGUACGUUCAGUUUAGGUGCUUGUUGUAGCCAAUUAACAACCAGCUUUUUUUUUUUUUUUUUGGUUGUUUUUGUUUUUGUUUUGUUUUGUAUUUGCUUCACCCAUUUCUUAAUUUGGACAUGUAUAGUAUUUUAUCUUUGACCAUCACGAUUUAGUUGAGUGUGGUUUCUUAGUUAUGUAUUCCGUUUCAAAUGAAUAACACAAUUUUCUUAACACCGGGUUCUCGUUCAUACAUGCACUUUUUAAAAUCCAGUUUGAUUUUUAAUAUGAAUGUCAAUAAAUGCAUAAAUAUUUUUACUCA